UUUAGUAACGCACAAAAUGCCUCGAGGACGCUCAGCCACAAGUAUCCGCUCUGACAGCAGCGAUAUGGAUGUCGACGGCGUUGCUGACACUGAGAUGGUGAAACUACAGAGACAAUUUCGCAUCAUGGAGGGAGACCGACAGGCCUACAGCAUCCAGUCACAAGAGCUUAUACGCAAGCAACGGCUGGAGAUUGAGCACCUUCGUAAGGAGCAGGAUGACCUGCAGAGGAGUCUGCGUGCGUCGGAGAGCGGCUCCCGGCGUCAGCAGGACAGUGGAGAUGCAUUGCAGCUGCGCUCUCUGCUCACACACAAGGACGACAUAGACCAACAGAUGGAGAAACAGAGGCAGACUCAAGCAGAGCUGGAGCAAGAGAUCGUGGAGAUGCAGAGGAAGCUGGAGGAUGUGAGGAGAGGAGAGGUGACCAUGGCUCAGGCUAUCACCGACCAGACUCAACACACACACAAGGCCACGCGCACGCUGGAGAACAAACUGGACCGGGCCCUCACUCGCUUCAGCGAUCAGCUGACCAGAAAUGGGCAUCUCAGGGAGGAGCUGGAGACUCUUCGCGUGGAGCGUCUCCGUUUCCAGCAGCUGCAUCGACGACUGGAGAAGGAGCUGCUGGAUAUUCGCAAGGGAGUUGGGGAUGUCAUCAGCACGUCCACGUCUGCGUAUGACGCCAGGGUGGAGGCGCAGUCCAAGAUGACGCUGCUGAAGGAGAAGGCUGUGAAGGACCUGGCGCAGUACAGUGCGGAGAUGAAGGAGCUGGAGAGGGUGAUCGCCCACGAACGCCGCCUCAAGGAGUUCAUGACCACCAAGUGCAACGAGAGGAGCGGCCAGGACGAGGGCCAGGCCAUGGGCAGCAAGCAGGAGGCGCGUGACCAGAGGAGGUCGGAGUCAGGAGAGGAGAGUGCUGAGACUCUUGAGGAGGCCUUCCACAAGAUCCAGAGUGUGACUGGAGAGGAUGACCUGGACGUGCUGGUGACAAAGUUCAUUCAAGUGGAAGACAGGAACUUUGCUCUCUUCAACUAUGUGAACGAGCAAAACAACCAGGCUGAAUCUCUCAGAGAUGAAAUUAAUCAGACCCAGGAGGAGCUGCGUCUGUUUGGGGUGGCGAGUGAGGAGCAGGAGCGUGAGCACCGGGCCUUGCUGAGCCAGCUGGAGGAGCAGCAGAGGGAGGCUCAGUACCAGGCUCAGCAGCACGAGACCCAGGCUGCAGCCAUCAGCAAGACCCUCGACCAGAUCAAGACCGGAGUGAACGCCUUGUUCCAGAAGGUGGAGUGUGACCGUGGGGUGCUGGAGGAGCUCCUGGGCUCGUCGUCGGCCAUCAGGGAGAGCAACAUCAUGACCUACCUGGGGCAGGUGGAGCACAGGGCCAACGAGCUGCUCACCCUGCAGGCCUUCAGCAACUCCAAGGAUUUGGAGCAAGAGUAUAACCCGAAGGAGGUGGCUCAGGUUCUGCUGGGUCAGAACCCAGAACUGCAGAAGCAAAGUGUCUCCAUCAUGCCGCCAGUAACCGGAGAUGACUAUGACACAGAGGAUUCUCCACUUACCGAUGAAGAGGAGAGGCCUUUGACCCAGGAAGAACUUCGCCAGCGCAUUCUGAAAGGGGAGCACCAGGACUGAAGAAAGAGACACACACAAGAAGAGGGAGUCAGCCGGCCCAG